AUGACCAGAAGAAGCGGCCGCGCCUUUGUGUUCAAUCUGACAUACGUGGCACAGAUGGGGGCGGUGCAGGAGGUGCUGCCAGCGUGGAUGUUCAACACCAGCCUCCUGGGAGACGACGUGCUGAGCCGCCCAGACACUCCCUUCCGACUCGUUGCCUACAGCUCCUUCCUGCAUGAUGUCACCACACUCAACUCAACACUGGACUACAGAAGAGUGGCAUGCAUGCACCUGCUGCCCGUCAUACGCCAACACGUGCAGAACGCGCAGCAGGUGACCUUCUUUGGCCCGUGGGCAGCCAGAGAGGACAUCAAGCCGCGCUGGCUGAUCAACCGAAGCGACAACGUGCGUGGCAUGGCCUUCGAGGAGGAAGCUUCCAGGUGGGUGGUGCUUCAAGAGGAAUAUUCCCAGUGGGUGGUGCUUUCGCAUCAUGUCGCUCACCUCAUGUCACACUCACAUCGCUAA